GCCCAACGCGAAGCCCGGCCCAACUGUGAAGUUAUCCUCCUCGACGGCGGCGGCGGCGGCGGCGAUGGCGUCCACCGGCGUCAAGCUCAUCGACAUCGCCGUCAACUUAACCGAUGGCAUGUUCAAGGGCAUCUACCACGGCAAGCAGUGCCACGCCGCCGACAUCCCCGCCGUGCUCGCCCGCGCCUGGGCGGCCGGCGUCGACCGCAUCAUCGUCACCGGAGGGUCGCUCAAGGAGUCCAGGGAAGCGCUUGAGAUCGCAGAGACCGACGGGAGGCUAUUCUGCACGGUGGGUGUGCAUCCGACGAGAUGUGGGGAGUUUGAGGAGAGUGGAGAUCCGGAAGGGCAUUUUCAGGCACUGCUGGCUCUAGCUAGGGAGGGCAUUGCAAAAGGCAAGGUUGUAGCAGUUGGAGAAUGUGGUCUGGAUUAUGAUCGACUUCACUUUUGUCCUUCAGAUAUACAGAAGAAGUACUUUAAGAAGCAAUUUGAACUUGCUGAAGCAGUCAAAUUGCCAAUGUUUCUUCACAUGCGGGCUGCUGGUGAAGACUUCUGUGAAAUUGUGUCGGAAAAUCUGUACAGAUUCCCUGGUGGUGUUACUCACUCCUUCACUGGAACUGCAGAGGACCGUGACAAGCUUCUUUCUUUUGAUAAGAUGUUUAUAGGUAUUAAUGGAUGCUCUCUGAAGACUAGUGAAAAUCUCGAUGUUCUACAAGGUAUUCCUGCAGAGAGGAUGAUGAUAGAGACAGACUCUCCAUAUUGUGAUAUUAAAAAUACUCAUGCUGGAAUCAAGUUUGUAAAGUCUGUCUGGCAAUCCAAGAAGAAAGAAAAGUAUGAGCCAGAUUCCACAGUAAAAGGUCGCAAUGAGCCGUGCUUAGUCAGGCAAGUCCUUGAGGUUGUGGCUGGAUGCAAAGGAAUUGCUGACAUUGAAGGCUUAAGUAAAAUUCUGUACCACAACACGUGCAGGCUCUUCUUCCCUCAGGACCUAGAUACUUCUGCGGAUGCACAGCUUGAGAGUGGUACGGCUGUUCAGAAUAGCUGAUGGGACAGAGAGUUUGUUACUUAACAUAUUGACUUAACAAUGUUUGCUCUAAGUUCCAACGUGAACCUAUGAUAUCCUUUUGCUGGUUAAAGAUCUUUACAUUGACAAUUGUCAAUUUGGCAUGUCGGAGUGUUCAUGUUUAUAAAUGUUAAUAAGGAAUCGCAUCCCCACUGUGUCUACUAUAACUGUCACUUUGGAUUACUCAAGUUGGAUUAUGUCUGGAAGUAAUGUUUUUUCUAAAUAGAAACAAAUUGGAGAAAAGAAUAAAUGACAGUAAGAUUGACAAUAGCUGAUA